AACACUGGAACAAAUGUGAAGCCUCAACAAUAUGCAUCCAUAAUUGUUUCGAAUAUUUUGUUUAUCUGGAACCCUAAACCUCAACCUCGGAGGGAGCAGAGGCGAGAAAUGAGAUCGAGAGGGAACAGAGAGGGAUCGGAGAAGCACUGUUUGAGGCGGAUGACCUGGUUGUGGCGGCCCUCGUCGAGAAACUCGUGAAGAAGCUCGAAUGCGAUCGUGUCGUGCUUUCAACUUUGCUACCGCGGUGUUUGGGGGAGUUUGCUCCAGUUCUCCCGAGCCAACUCAAGAACGACUCUACAUGCAUGGAAGUUAUCUCGUUGGUGCAGCGGUGCGAGCGGGCACCCGUAAUUGGGUCCGUUGGGUUUCGGGUGGGGCAUCGAGUCCGAGCCUUUCGAUAUGGCGGCGGAAGAAGGAGAUUGGCAAAGAAGGGCUGCUCGUGGCCAAAGAGCUCAAGAGGCUCCGGUCCGACCCGGUCCGCCUCGACCGCUACAUCCGGUCCAGCGUCUCCCGCUUGCUCAAGUCCGACCUUGUGGCCGUCCUCGCUGAGUUCCAGAGACAGAACCAAGUCUUCCUCUGUAUCAAGUUGUAUGAAAUAGUCCGGAAAGAAAUAUGGUACAGGCCGGACAUGUUUUUUUACAGGGACAUGCUGAUGAUGCUUGCACGAAACAGAAGGGUGGAAGACUCUAAGAGAGUGUGGGCUGAUUUGAAAGAGGAACAAGUUUUAUUUGAUCAGCAUACAUUUGGGGAUAUUAUCAGAGCUUUUCUGGAUAACGGGUUGCCCUCAGAGGCAAUGGAGAUAUAUGAAGAAAUGAGACAGUCUCCUGAGCCUCCUCUUUCGUUGCCUUUUCGUGUGAUACUGAAAGGGCUCAUUCCUUAUCCAGAAUUAAGAGAGAACGUAAAACGUGACUUCUUAGAAAUUUUCCCAGAUAUGAUCAUCUACGACCCUCCAGAAGACUUGUUUGAAGAUCAUUAGCAGCACAACGAUGGGGAUAAUAAGAAUAUUAUUGCUUACUUCCCUGGACUUUUGGACCACUUUUUGUUUAGAGAGACUACGCAUGACAAGUUUACAAUGAAUAAGUAUUAUUUGCGUCA